UAGAUGUCCCGCGGUUCGCCCAAAUAAUGGCAGACGGUAUCCCUGAUCCAUUCCACAUUUUUGAACGUUCAUUGAACCCUGAGUGACACCCGCCCGUUGCUGCUUGCAUAUGCUGUCGUACAACGGAUCCAACCAGCAACAUCGAUCAUGACGACACUUGACGAGCUUCGAGACCACGGCGUCGCGUCCUUUGCGACUCACGAGGACCGGCAAUUUGGGGAACCUUUGUCGCCGGGCACUAUGUUCGGGGGUGACACCUCGUUCAACUCUGACCUCGCCAUGUCGAUGAAUGGCGACGACGCGUCACCUAUGGAGAGUGAACGCGACGAACGAGACUUCGGCGAUGAAUUGCUGCAGCCAUACCAGAGCUCAUACACAUCACGCAAAGGGCAUUCACGGCGUCAGUCUGCUACGACAAAUUACAGCUUCGUAUCUGCUAUGCCAUCCGAGGCUGGCUCCAUGUCCUCCAAACCCGUUGCCGCCGGCAACCUGCCCAUUGACACACGAUACGCCCCACGAGCGGAGCGACCGCGAUUCCGAAAUCCCGAAUCAGUACGCGCGAUGCAGAUGUCGUCGCCUGCGCCAAUGUCGCCCUACGAGAGUAACCGAGAGAGGAUGAAGAACACAUACGGCCUCGCCACACCAGGCAGGACUGGGCGGUGUGAGACACCUGUGUCGAGACACUCUGGCUCUCGCAGGGGAAGCAUCAGGAGUCAUCACAGCCCUAAGCCUCAACCAGCACCGCAACAAGCGCCUCUUGUGCUGCUCCACGUCACAAUACUGCCCAUGCAGCUACCAUUCUCCCACGACCACAUGGCACGGCUUAUGCCCCAGUGGCUCGCGGAGAACUUCAGGCUGCUUGAGGAGAAGCUUCAGGACAUCAUUCUUAUGCGAAGAGGUCUCCUCAUCCCGCAUCCCAGAGAUGAGUAUGAGCUGCUUGAGGAGCGCAUUCUGGAGAGCCUGGAGCUCAAGACACCGCGCCUUCUCAAGUGUGGACACUUUGUGUCACCAGAUGAAGACACAGAGGACGGCGAUUCCGCAAUUGGUGCUGACGACGCUGCCAACCGCAUGAGUGGAGCCACUGGGUCUAAUGAUCACGAGGGCAUACAUUCAAGGCGAGACUCUGCCAUGUGCUUCGACUGCCAUCGCGAGCUCAAGAAGCCAGGUCAGGGUGUGGGUGCCGGUACACGACGCUUCGACAUCAGAAUCUACGCCGCCAAUGGCCUCAUGCGCUCUGAAGCCUGGACAGCAGCUUGGACCGAGAUGGAGCGUUGCGAUGUUGAAAUCACACCCUGGAUUCCCGAAGAGGUUCGCAAAACUCUUGAGAAGAGGGUUCUUGAGGAGCAGGAGGCGGACAAGCGCAAGGCAGCAUACAACGCUGAGCUCCAGCGCAAGAUCCAGGAGGAUGCUGUUCGGCAACAGAAGCUGGCUGCUGAGGCCAUCGCAAAGAAGAGGCAAGACGAAGAGGAGCUUCAGAGGAGCUUCGAGGCUGCCACUGCCGCUCUGCAAAGGAGUAUUGAGGAGAGUGCAGCGGACAAGGUCAGCUUUGAGGAGACUCUGGAGCAGAAACUUGAGGAAGCCAAGGAGGCAAUCCGCUUCGAGGUUGAAUCACAAGCCAUGAUGGAGUCAAACUCUGUCGCUGAACGUUUUCGUGCGAUGGAGGAGUCCCUGAGACAAUACCAAUACCUGUCUUGUCCCCAGUCUCCGCUACCACCAUCACAAGCAUCCUCGCGCUCUCGAGCGUCGACUUACGACAUCGACCUGCGCAGCGUGUCUCGCGGCCGCCGCGGGUACACCUCUACCCGACCGCACGCGGCCCAAAUCCCACUCAGCACCCUGCUGAAGAACUACGUCUUGGUCCAGCUGGCCGACCCCAAGAACUGGGCCAUCGUACUGUUGACUGUCGCCGUGGGUCUGAUGUCGAUGAACAUGGGCAGCCAACAGCCCACCACGCCGCUGAUCAGCGACGUGCUCUCGGUCGACAUGUACUCCGCGUCCGCCGUAACAGCAACAACCACCGCGUUCUCCACCCUCACCGUCACCGAGAUCCAGAUGGCGAGCAGCAUCUACCCAACACCCUCCUACUACUCGUCUUCGUACGCCACACCCUCUUCCUCCGUGGCCCCAUCCGCCCUCCCCACCAUCAUCGCCCCCUCCACCGACAUCAUCGCGGACCCGCACGAAGCCCCCGUCUUCGAAUCCUCCUCGACCGUCGACGACGAGCCCCUGCGCCGCGACUCGGAGACCUCGGAAGCGGACCCGGAGGAAACCGUCGUCGCCGAGGACCCCGUCGUCGAGGACCUGACCGAGCCCGCCAACAUGGACGCCAACCUGUUCCAGCACACGUCGGAGCUGCUGGGCGCCGUGCACGAGGACGACAUCGUCAUGGAAGACCCCGUCACCCCGCAGGCCGAGGACUCGGCGUCCGAGACAGAGAGCAUUGCGGAUUCGGAGUCCGGCAGCGUCGCGAUCGAGUCCGAUGACGAGAUGGAGGUUUGUCCGAUUGAGUACGUGCUCGACUCGGACUCGGACACGUGCAGUUUGGACGGGAGGUAGAGUGGCUUCUGCCUGCUGGGAGAGGAGAGCAGAGCGCCGGCCUGAGAGCGGGCCUGGUUUUUUUUUACAUUUUCUUCUUCUCUCAAAAAACGAAUUCUGACGAUCUUUAUGACUGCCGUUAUGGCGUAUUGGGCGCUGCAUUGCUGCGUUUGAGCGAGCAUUUUGAGCGCGAGGAGUUCUAUGGGGUUUUAUCUUCCACUGCUGUUUGUGGAGUGUUUAGCAUUAGCAUGUCGAUGGUGCAAUGUCGUCUAUAGUUUACUUACCAUUGCAUAUAUUGCCGCUCGUUACGAUGCGUUUGUUCAAUGAUCACAAAUCUCGCUCGCUCUUCAACUCGGACGCUUAUCUUCGAUGUGUUCAGC